AUGGCUUAUACAAAUGAAGAGUAUUACGAUAUGCUCAUGGUACUGGGCGAAUGCCAUGGACAGUAUUAUCCUGCUGCAAGGCGGUACGCGGAAUUGUACCCGAACCGUCAAAGACAUCCGUCGGCUGCUGUCAUACUCCGAGCGGCUCAAAGAUUGUACGAAACCGGCAGUGUCCUACUAAAUAACCACGACGUUGGAAGGAACCGUGUUGCAAGAAAUUUGCGAAAUACGGAAGAAAUUAUUCGAGCUAUUGAUCGAAACCCUGAAACGAGUAUUCGAAUAAUUACUCGUGAAUAUGGAUUAUCAUAUUCGACCGUUCAGAGGAUAUUACAAGAAGAAAAAUUGCAUGCAUUUCAUUAUAUGCGCGUGCAACAAUUACGACCAGAAGAUUAG